UCUUGCGCGCGGCUUUGCGGCGGCGCGAGGGUAACUGUCGACUGAGGCAAUUUUCUAGUACAAUUUUACACAACCGCUGGUGAGGUCUGACUGACUGUAUCUGUAACGUUACAAUUAACCGAAAAGCAAAAAAAACAUGUCCAAGUACAAGAUUGUGAUGGUUCGCCACGGCGAGAGCGAAUGGAAUGCUUUGAAUCUGUUUUGUGGAUGGUACGAUGCUGGUUUGGCUGAAAAAGGCAAAGCUGAAGCUCUUGCAGCUGGCAAAGCAUUGAAAGAUGCUGGCUAUACAUUCGAUGUCGCUCACACUUCUAUGUUAACUCGAGCUCAGAAUACUCUUCAAACAAUUUUGAAAGAAAUUGGACAAGAAAAUAUCCCAAUUCACAAAACUUGGCGAUUAAAUGAACGUCACUAUGGUGGUUUGACUGGAAUGAAUAAGACUGAAACUGCUCAGAAGUAUGGAGAGGAACAAGUACAGAUCUGGAGACGAUCCUUUGAUACUCCACCACCACCAAUGGAACCUGAUCACAAGUAUUAUAAUGCUAUUGUCAAAGAUCCAAGGUAUGCUAAUGAGCCUAAACCUGAGGAGUUCCCUAAAUUUGAGUCUCUGAAACUUACCAUUGAGAGGACUCUGCCAUACUGGAAUGGGACUAUUAUUCCACAAUUGAAAGAGGGAAAAAAAAUUAUCAUUGCUGCACAUGGAAACAGCUUGAGAGGAAUUGUCAAGCACUUAGACAAUAUGAGCAAUGAUCAAAUCAUGGGGCUCAACCUACCCACUGGUAUUCCAUUUGUCUAUGAAUUGGAUGAAAAUUUUAAACCAGUAGUUUCCAUGAAAUUUCUUGGAGACGAAGCAACUGUAAAGGCAGCAAUGGAAGCUGUGGCUGCUCAAGGCAAAGCCAAGUGAACAGACUUAAUAAGAAGGUGUAUAAUAUGCCUAAAAAUGUCCUGUUCUGUAUUUAAAAAUACAUAUUAAAUAAUUUCUAGUGUUACCAUUAAUUGGUUAAGAAUUAAAGGAAUAAAGAAAGUAAUGUCUCUCAAGGAGAAUUAUUUAUUUAAAACCGAAAUUAAACUUUAAAAAU